UUUAGAGAAACCCGAUUAUCCUGGGCGUGUACGAGGUGUUGGAGGUGGUGUGGGCUUUAAACAAGUGUUUGACCGGGAGCCAAGGAAUUCACGCAAGGUUGGAGGUUUAAGUGAGGCUGAUUUGAGGAACUUGAAGGAGGAGUUGAUGAAAGAUGUAGAAAAAGCAUUUAUUCAGAGAGGUUUUCACUCUACCACAUUUGAGUCUAUGCCUUCACAGGAAGUAUAUGCAGAUACAAUGAACUCCACUGCACCAGUUCCACAGAAACAUUUCAGUGACCGGACAUCUUGUAAGCUUGCUAUCGAGAAGCAGACACCAGAUGGACAAAA